UUUUAUCGACACGCAUACUCUUUUCUUAUAAACCAAAUCUUGUCUACCUUCCAAUCCGUAAAGUAUCCAACCUCGUAUUGAUAGUUACAUACAUAUAACAUGGCUGACCCUUCGCAUCAUCAUCAUCAUGACAGCCAAACGCCCUUUCAAUCUCUUCCUCCUCCACCACCGCAGCCACCGCAUUUGAUAUCUAACAUUAAGAAGGUUCAAAAACUCCCCUCCGCUAGCUCCUCCACCUCCGCCAGUCGCUCCACCAAUGGAAAGCACCCAAUAUACCGUGGAAUAAGGAGCCGAAGUGGAAAAUGGGUAUCAGAGAUUCGUGAGCCCCUGAAGACCACGCGUAUAUGGCUAGGAACUUACCCUACACCGGAAAUGGCUGCUGACGCCUAUGAUGUGGCCGCGCUGGCCCUUAAAGGCAGUGAAAAAACAGUACUGAACUUCCCGAAAUAUGUUAGCUCUUAUCCGGUGCCACCUUCGCCUUCAGCGCCGGAUAUUCGAAGAGCAGCCGCCAAUGCGGCAGCGUUGAUGAAGUUAGAGGGUGGCAGUGGCACGGAGGCUGCUGUCGGACAGCCGGCGAAUAAUGAAUCAGCAAAUGAAUUAAUUGGGAACAAUGACCAUAAUUUUGUAGAUGAGGAGGAACUUUUUGAUAUGCCAAAUCUGCUGGUGGAAAUGGCCAAGGGAAUGUUGGUUAGCCCACCAAGAAUGACCUCGCCGCCGUUGAGUGACUCCGAC